UCCACACACGAGUCAUGUGAUGUUAGUUAGUAGUACUGCUGAGCUGCGGGCAGACACACGACUCGGACACCCGCUGCUGACAGCGCUCCCAUAGCCCAAGGGCACCAAGGGGACAACGACUAACGCUUUGCCUGCGAUUCCGUGGGAUCCGCCUCUGCGCAGCUGCACUGGAUCCCUUCCUUUGGGAAUAAUCCUACAUAUGCUUGUUGGUCCCACACAUAAGCUCUUCCAGGAAUGGUGGAUCACUUGCUUUCUACAGAUGAAUGUUUUACACAUGCUCCAGCUACCAUUGGAUAUUCUGAAAUGCUGAUGGGUAGAAGGAUAUAUCAGAUGCUGCCCUCUCCUACAUCGGAGGAUGAUAGUGAUUCUUCAAGUUUUCGCUCAUGCUCUAGUCCUGACUCACAAGUACUCAGCUCCAGCUAUGGUAGUGCAUGUAGUGCAGAAAGUCAGGACAACAUCCUAGACUACCUUCUAUCCCACACGUCACUGGGCAAUGCGUCUUUAUCAUGGUGGGACAAGAGAAGACAGCAGCCAGUGGUUAAAGAGGAAUUCCUUAAGGUUCCGGAGUUCGGUGUGGACAUGGAGGAAACAGCAUUUUUCCAUCCCACUCUGGAUGAGAUUGAGGAGUUCUUGGAGGAAAACAUGAAAACUGACUUUAAAGAUGAAGAUCGACAUGAUACCAAGGAACUGAGGACCUGUGGCCAGUUGUUUUCUGAUCAAUUUAUAGAGCCCCAUGUAGUUAACAACAACAUGAAGGCGGAUAUAAAUGGAGAGAAAAACAGUUCAACGCCAGAAGAUGAAAACUCAACAGGUUCUGAGCCUAUAUCUGUUGAGGGUGGAAUCCCUGUCAUUCUUCAGAUCCAACCCCUUGAAAUCAAGCAAGAGUCCAACACAAACCAGUCAUCACAGCUUCCAGAAAACAUUAAAGUUGCACAACUUCUGGUCAAUAUUCAAGGUCAGACCUUUGCUCUGGUCCCACAACUAGUCCAGUCAUCGAACUUAUCCACCAAGUUUGUCCGCAUAGCCCCUGUGCCUAUUGCUUCUAAACCGGUCAGCCCAGGGGGUGGGAUUCAGGGACAAUCUGGAGUUGUGAUAGGUCAGAAGUUUCAAAAAAAUCCAGCUACGGAACUUAUCAAAAUGCACAAAUGUACUUUCCCGGGAUGUACCAAGAUGUACACCAAAAGUAGCCAUCUCAAAGCCCACCUGCGCAGACACACAGGAGAGAAGCCAUUCGCUUGCACGUGGCCUGGAUGUGGGUGGAGGUUUUCCAGAUCAGAUGAGCUCUCUCGACACCGCCGCUCGCAUUCUGGGGUGAAGCCAUAUCAGUGUGCCGUUUGUGAAAAGAAAUUUGCUCGCAGUGACCACCUUUCCAAACACAUCAAGGUGCACAGAUUUCCCAGGAGCAGCCGUUCGACGCGGUUAUCAAACUGACCCUUCUGUCUCCAAGGCUCAGCCCAGAACACAUAUCAUUGGAUAGAUCAUGUGAAUCCCAAGCACUUUUUUCCCCAUCAUCCUGCUAUAACUUAUUAAAUGUGCAACAGAGCGUUGGUUUGACUGGACAGCAGUUGUGAAUGUAAUCUGAACUCUUAUUAUUUAACAAGGUUAUGAAUGAAGCGUAUUCUCCAGGACAAAGAAACAUUUUGGAUAAUAGAUAUGUGUGCGCUCUGCUACCCUGGUUUAUCACAAUGCAAUAGUCUAAGCAAUGAAAGUUUGAUAAUGUAGGGGAUGAUUCACUGCAUAAAUAUGGGUCUCCCUGUGCAGCAUAGAGUUGCAUUGCUACUGUUAGUUCCAAAGAAUGAGUUUGGUGAGCAACUCUUUCCAUUUGGUUGGUGUGUUGGUAAAACCAGUUCAAUUUGUACCCACGCAAUCGUCAGGGUUCAUAAAGAGAUACAAAUUUACAAGUUGCUCUUCAGCAGCAAUAUCAAGGUUACAGACUUCGGUUGGUGCCAUGUUUAUCUCCUAGCAUCUAUGGCCAAGCAAUGGCUGAAGAUGAAUUUUACAACAGAUGAUGGGCAGGGAUGUUGCCAUCUUUUUAGCAUGUUGUAACUUUCUAUGAGAUUUGAAUAUUUGAUGGAAAUUUACUUUCCUCCAUGAGGUUUUCAGAAUGGGUUCUAGCUUCCCCUAAGUGAAUGGUCCUUUGACCAGCCCCCCUUAGCUCAUAAACCUGAUUGUUUGAGGGGUUUUCCAUUACAGUAGACAAGUAUUUACCACCAAUUUUUUUGUAUUUUCUUCCCCAUCCAGCGCCACAGUUGGGAACCACUACACUCAAACAAAGAAAGUCAACUUGUCUUUAAAGUUAUAAUGUUACAUGUGAAUCUGUGUUACUUCAACUCUUUCCUUAGUAGACCAGACAGAAGUAUUAGAAGAUCUUACAGAUAUCAUUAGUGAAUCAUCAUCUCACUGAUGACCUAAAUGUGCUUUUCUCUUUUUUUAAGUAGAAUGAAACUCUGAGGGCAACCCUAGCCCCUCGUUCCUGAACCACACCACUGGGGGCUCAUAAAACAGGAGCACAGCAGGGUUGACAAUCUCCAUCUCAUGACACUUUGGGUCCUCUUUAUUGCGAUCACCAACUCAAAGCAUAGUAGUUCCAGUCCAUAUUGGAGGAACAUGGCCCCUGGAGUGGACCUAGGGUUGUUGUCAGGGUUUCCUUCACUUUUUAAUGUGGGAAAAAUAUUUUGCACAUUACUAUUGCACUUGAAUUAUAGUUACAUCACUAAAUCUGUUGUUGAAGGCUAUAGAGGUGUUGCUCCCCUCAUCUAUUUCAAUCUUCUAAAUACCAAAAAUAUGGGCCUAUAUUCAGAUUCUAUGAUCUACUCACAGUCUGUAGUAGUAUAUAGGUGGUGCUCUUCAUAUUUAGGUUUGUUUCUUGCUUUUUAAUUAUAAGGUAUGACAUAUUCAAACUAUAAAUAAUAGUGAGCAGAGUCUGUUGCUAGAGAUACACUUAAUGGAUGCCCUUGACAAUCUGCAUAGUCUGCUUGGAUAUACAAGCCCUAUGGGCAUAUCACAGCUUUUAUACAGCCAGCUAGCGUUAUGUCAUCAUUAAAUACAAAAAGUGGGGAAAUCUUAUUUUUGAAAACGGUUGGUCUCUAUACAAAAAAAAAAAACAGUGGGACCCUAAGAUAAUUUAAAAUAGGGACAGAUUGUCAAGUGUCCAGUCUGAAAGUUGUAUUGUUCUGUAGUUGGAUUACCCUGUGUGGUUUAUUAUUUAAUUUAAUUAAUUUAUAAGAACAAGCCAGAAACAAGAGUGAAUGUUUCCUAUCAAUACAGUUGUGUAUCCUUAAAUAUCUACAGUAGUAGUUGUACAAAAGGGAACAGCAAGGGGCCAGUUACUAUCAGCAGUAUUUAGUCUCAGUAUACUUGGAUCUGUCAAGCAGCUUCAGAACAAUGCUCACUACAAAUACAGCUUGGUUUGGUCAGACAUUCAUCUCUUAAUACAUGACUAAAUGGUGCUAUUCUACAGCCAGUGCUUUAAAACAAGCUGCUGUUAAACGGAGAGUUUACUUAGUAACAGGAAUUAAGGUUACCAUUUAACUGCAACAACCAAUCAAAUGUUUACUUUCAGUAUUCUAACUUUGAUCAGUUCAAGGUAACUGCUGGUUGGUUUUUAUGGGUUACUAGACUACAGAAAACUUCUGUUAACUGUAAAACCUACCAGGCACCAUGUAAUGUGAAACGUUUGCAAGCUUCUUAGGGCUGUUGUUUCUAGUAGGCAUUUCCUAUGAUCCUUUGCUGGUCUUGCUGCAGAUCACGUCUUCUUCGGCUGUAAAACAAACUCCAUGUACAGAUGAUUAAGUUAAUAAUUUAUAAAAAAAAUAGUCACAGUGCUGGUCAACAAAGCAUGGCCUUAAUCAUCAAUUAGUUGGGAAAUGAUAGGAUAUCCAAAAAAGUUCAAAAAUAGAAACAUGUGUGGGAGGUAUUGGUGGCCAAGUUCUACUCUUCUCCAUGUUGAACUAACAACACAAUCCAAUCCCUUGUAUUGAUCUUUCACUGCCACUUUUCAUAAGAAAAAAGUACUAAGAUGAAUGUAUGAACCUCUCUGGUUCCUUAUUUUAAGCAAGCACAUCCACAUUGUGACCUUUUGGCUGUUGUUGAGCUUCCGAUUCUCGCAUCCCAUGACGACAGUUCAGUGUAAGAUGUCCUUUGGUUGGGAAUCUCUGUUCUAAAGGAUCAAUCUGCAACUGAGAAGCGAUCCUGUGAAAACAUACAUAUCAGUAUUAAUAGACUGUGUAAAGAAUUGGUAUUACCGACUGGAUGCACGGACAAUGUUUGAACUCAACCAUAUCUCUGUCUUGGAAACUCCUAUGCAACUUAAUCUAAUAAAACCUUUUCAGUAUCGA